AAACUGCGUGUCACAUUGUGGGAGAGAGAGUGUGAGUACAGCUGAGGGAGGAAAAGAGGAAGCGUGUCUGCUGUGGGCUCUGCUUUUUACGGAUGACUGGAUGUCGCUGUCUUUACGCACCGACUUGCUUUGUCUCUGCUCGGAUUCAAUUUAUCUCCUGAAGUUACUUAGUCCUAAAUGAGGGCUUCAUUCAAACGAAUCAGAUUAUUAGAAUUAAUAGUUUUAGGACGGAGCUGGACUUUAUAAUUGAUUUUUUUUUCUGUGGGUGUGGGUUUUUUUUCACGCGGAGGAGAAUAAAUCUGACUGAUCUGGGCGUUUCAGCAGAGAAAGUUCGGAACUGCAGGAUGGACGUACCUGUCCUCUUUUUCCUCAUCCACCUGACCCAGACUCAGAUUAAAGCCUUGGUGGCCAACCCUGUGAAGGAAGGGACGAGAUGCCCCCUUGGCCAGUUUCCAUGUGGCAACAUGAGUGAAUGCCUCCCUCAAGUUCUGCAGUGUAACGGGCACAGAGACUGUCCCAAUGGAGCAGACGAGAGGCUUUGUGGGGACAAUGUUGGUUUGGCAGACUUCAUUGGAGGAACCCUUCAGAACAAACCUGUAAUUCCUCCUGUUUUAAUCGAGUGUUACUUGGAGGAGUACCCAGAAAUGUGUGACUGCAUACAAACAGAUGUUGAUUGUGUGGAAGUUGACCUUGAGGAUGUCCCCCUGGUUUCUCCAAAUGUAACAUGGCUGUCUCUAAAGAGCAACAGGAUCAGAGUUCUGUCCGACUUUGUUUUCUCUGAAUACACUGCACUAGAGAGACUAUUCCUGCAAAAUAACACCCUUCAUUCCAUAUCAAAGCACGCCUUCCGUGGACUGUACAGUCUUAAAAAGUUGUUUCUGAGUGACAACUUGAUAUCCACCCUCAGUCCAGAUGUGUUUAGAGAUCUGAAUCAUUUAGAGUGGCUGAUAUUGGACCAUAACCCGGUUAACAGCUUGACCCAUGAGACCUUCUUUGGACUCCGUUCUCUAGUAUUUCUAUCGAUGGUGCGCACUUCGCUGCAGCAGCUCCCUCAUCCCAGCUUCUGUCAACACAUGCCUGCCCUGGACUGGCUAGAUCUUGAGGGAAACCAGAUUCAUACUCUUAACUAUUCCAUCCUGAAGACAUGCAGCAGACUUGAAGUCCUAUUACUCAUGGACAACAAGAUCACAAGAGUCCCUGAAAACACCUUCCAGUCUCUAUGGAAGCUUGCUGAACUAAACCUUUCUGGAAACAGGAUCAAUGAACUGCCAAAAAACACAUUCAAGAGCCUCUCCAAGUCCCUCCUGAAACUAAAUAUAUCCUACAAUCCCCUUCUCCGCAUUCAUCCAAGCCACUUCAAUAGCCUGACACAGCUUCAGUCUCUGGCUGUGGAGGGCAUUGAAAUCCCAGAUAUUCAGACAAAAAUGUUCCUUCCCAUGAAGAACCUCUCCCACAUCUAUUUUAAGAAGUUCCAGUACUGCUCCUAUGCCCCACAUGUGAGGUCCUGCAAACCCAACACAGAUGGCAUCUCUUCCUUUGAGGACCUGUUGGCGAACAUGGUGCUGCGAGUUUCUGUUUGGGUCAUGGCUUUCAUUACCUGCUUUGGUAAUCUCUUAGUCAUCGGCAUGAGAUCAUUGAUCCGUGCAGAGAACAACCUGCAUGCCGCCUGCAUCAAAGUCCUCUGCUGUGCAGACUGCCUUAUGGGGGUGUACCUGUUUUUCGUCGGAGUGUUUGAUGUGAAGUUUCGAGGGCAGUACAAUCGAAACGCCCUGCUAUGGAUGGAGAGUGUGGAGUGUCGCACCAUCGGCUUUCUAGCCAUGUUGUCCUCAGAGGUGUCUGUGCUUCUCCUGACAUACUUGACUCUAGAGAAGUUCCUGGUUAUUGUGUUCCCCUUCAGCAAUGUGCGACCUGGCAAACUCCAGACAGGGGUGAUCCUGUCUUCUAUCUGGCUGAUGGGCUUCAUCAUUGCCGCUGUGCCGCUUAUGAACGAAGACAUCUUUGGCAAUUACUACGGUCGGAACGGGGUCUGCUUCCCCCUCCACUCUGACAGGCAAGAGAAACCUACAGCCAAAGGAUAUUCCACCGGGAUUUUUCUGGGUCUCAAUCUGGUGGCGUUCCUUGUGAUCGUCUUCUCCUACACCAGCAUGUUCUAUUCCAUCUACAAAACUGGCAUCAAUGCAUCUGACCUGAGGAGCAGACUGCACAGAGAUGUAGCAGUGGCCAACAGAUUUUUCUUUAUAGUGUUCUCUGACGCCCUCUGCUGGAUUCCAAUAUUCUUAGUGAAGAUUCUCUCACUGCUGGAGAUGGAGAUACCAGACACCAUCUCCAGUUGGGUUGUCAUUUUCAUCCUUCCAAUCAACAGUGCCUUGAACCCCAUUCUGUACACCCUGACAACCAGCUUCUUCAGAGAGCAGGUGGAGCUCUUGCUCUGCCGUUGGCAAAGAAGACACCCCCUUAAGAAGGACCGCAAAAGCCUCACUUCCUCAACCAUCUUUGUGGAGACGGCGCGGUCGCAGGGCUGCCAGUCGCCUGCCUACCUCCAGCAGCUGUCGCUGGUCGAAGCAGACCCUCGCUAUGCCUGAGAAGACUUGUUAUUAAACUGUGCCAUUUUUUUUUUUUAAAAUAAACUACGGGUCAUUGGCCAAUUUUAUCGCCACAUUUUGAAGCUCUCACAUGACGACAGCACUGUUUUGAACUCUCUGAGGAGGAAAAGAUGUUAGUCACCAUGCUGUUUCACCAAACUCUGUCAUUUUUUUUUUUUUUAUCUCUUAUAUAUUUUGUCAUUUGUACAUAAAUAGCAGCACUUUCAGCUCACUGUAAAAAUGUCUUACUCAGAACCUCCUUAACAUGGGCAUAAGGAGCCAAGGCUUAACACCACCAAUGUUGCAUCUUGGAGGAGUUUCUGUUAUUUAAGCUUUGACAAUGUUUCCCAUGAAAAGGUUAAUGCAGUCGAUAACAUCCCGCAAUUGGAUUCCUAAUGUUACUUCAGUGUCGUCUGAUUGUAUUUAACGGGAGAUGUGGAACCAUAUUUGUUUUUUAUCUCGCAGUCGUAUACACUGUUCUCCAUUAAUAGACUAACCAACUGUUAAACACCUAUUGGGGAGCUUAAGGAAAUAUAAAAAAAACACAGAACAAAGACUUAUCACCUGUUUUUUUGUAAUUACAGUGUUACCAAACAACUUUUUCUUACCUACACAUUUUCUGUUCACAGAACUAAUGCAUACAUGAAAAAGCCAAAACCCAUUUUUGGGUAAACCGAUGAAAGAAUUUGACUUUCUACUUUAUGUAGCUCUGCAGUAAUUGAUGUUGUUCUAUGUGUUCUUGGGUUUACAUAUCUUUUAAGAGUUCAUGAUUAAACAGGGGUUUCUCAGUAGAUUAAAAGAGCAAAAUUGUUCAAAAUGUUUCAGGAAUUCAUUUCAAAAAUGAGACUCACAUUAUGUAAGUUAUUGUUGAUGAUCAUAACUUUACAGCUAAUCAAAACCCAUGUU